AUGAAUAAUGAAAAUCAAACUUUAACUGAUAUUAAAAUAUCAGUAUUAGUAUUAGGUCGACCACUUGUUAUUAUUAAUUCCAUAGGAAUCAUUAUUGGAACAAUUUUUAGUAUUUUGUGUAUAAUAAAAUAUUUCAAAAACUCUGAUUUACGAACUCAUUAUACAUAUGUAUUUUAUUUUAUGUUAAUCUAUUGUUUACUUUCGUCAGUGAUUCGAUCACCUACUUUUUUAAUCGGUCAUUAUUUAAAUCUUUUUCAAUAUUCUCUUUCUCUUUGUGCAAUAUCAACUAUUCAUUAUUUAACAGUAAAUAUUGGAAUGGUUACAUCAUUGGCAUAUGCAAGUAUUGAAAGACAUUUUUUAAUAUUUCAUAAAAAUGGUUUAUUAACAUGGCAACGGCAAUUAUUACCAGUUACAUGUAUUUUAGUUUAUUCGUAUCUCAUAGCAAUACUUUUUACAUUAAUGCCCACAUGUACACUUAUACGAUGUAUUGGUUGUUACACAACAAGAUUUCUUUAUAUGAUUCCAUGGCUUAUGAUAAGUUUUUUUAUACCACAAUUAGUAAUGAUUAUUUCAACAAUUUAUUUAUUAUUUCGUUUAUAUCAACAAAGAACAAUGUUUAAUCGAAGACCCGAAUGGUCUGCUCUACAAAAAAUUGUUAAACAAAUGAGUAUUUAUGUUAUUUGGUCAUGUCUUUGUUAUUGUCCUGUAUCAUUUUACAAUUUAAGUAUAAUUAUUAAUCCGUCUCGUUUUUCACCAGAUCUUAAGACAGCUAUGGAUAUUAUUAAUACAACUAUUUUACAAUCAUAUCCAAUAUUAACUUUUAUUUCAAUGUUGUUAUUUACACGACGUCGACAAGCACAACAGAAAAGACAACCAAGUGUAAAAUUGAAUAAUUUAACAACAAUAAUAACACCUCCAAGUGAUCAAAAUUCGUUAACUCUUAAGAAAAUAGAAAAAUAG